AUGGAGGAGUGUGCCUUUGCAGGUCAUCUGACGGAGCUUCCCAGUGUAAGAGGAGAAGCUGCCCCACGUCCUCGGAGGAAUCUGGGAGAGCCUUGCUUCCCAAACCCAUGCUGGAACCAGGGAGACUGCACUGUAGUUGGAAACAAUGCCAACUGUACUUGUAAGCCAGGAUUCACUGGCUUGCGCUGUAAAGAAAUGGUGGUGAAACUGGAAUGCAGGGAGGAGUUCAUGAGGAUGCUGGUGAGGAAGGAAGCAUUUGAAAUGCUGAAGAUCCCGCUGGCCUCUCUCCAUCUGAAUAGCCGUACCUGCCUGGUCUCCGAGCAAUGGCAAGAUGGUGUCAGUUACUUUGGUGCAAAGCUGACUGGGGAGAACCACACCGCCUGUGGCUCCACCGUUCAUAUCAAUGAGACUCAUGUGUCCUACACCAAUGUGAUUGAGUCUGGCAGUGACAAUGACCAGAGUGUCAUCACCAGGAGUGUCCGGACCAGCUUGCACUUCUCCUGCAUCUAUGCCUCCAAGCAGCUGAUUGGCCUGAACUACGUGCUCAGGCCUGUGGACAAGAUUGUCCAGUUUGCCGUCAAGGAAGGGGACUUCAAAGUCAUCAUGGAGCUGUAUGAAAACGCCAGCUAUGUGCGUGCCUAUCCCGAGUUACCACGGAUGCUCCACAUAACAGACAUGCUCUACGUCCUCCUGCAAAUAGAAGGGCGGGAUCAGGCAAAGUACUUCUUCCUUGGCAUAGAGGAUUGCUGGGGCACUCCGACAGCUGACCCACUAGACAGGACAAACCACUUCCUGAUCAUGAAGGGGUGCCCGCAUGACAAGACGUUGACUUUCCUCAAUGCCGUUGGUAACAGCACUGUGGCAAAGUUUAGCUUUCAGAUGUUCCAGUUCAAAAACUUUCAGGAGGUGUACCUGCAUUGCCAAGUGCGCCUUUGUGUACCGGAGAACAAAGAGCCCUGUGCCAAGCAAUGUCCCAGCAAGCAAAGAAGCAAGAGGGAGCUGGUUGAUGACUACCGGAAGAUCAUAUCCUAUGGUCCCAUCCGUUUCCUGGCCUCAUCACCCUUGGAAGUGCGGGAUGCUGAAGACCAACAGCUCAUCUGGAGAAUGCAGUUGUGGAUCCCUGGUGCAGUGGUUUCAGCAAGUAUUGCUGUUGCCAUCAUCUUGAUUGCUGUUGCAAAAGCCAUGAAGAAAUGA